CGUCAGCGCCAGUAGGCAGUAGCGGUGGAUGCUGCGUACCCUUAUAAGAUGUCUAUGGUUGUCGAUAUAGGCCGGAACUAAUGUCAAAUGAUCAAGGUUGCGACAAGCCAGUGUUACAGUGACACGCAGACGUCAUUGGCCUAAUAAUAUCGUCAACCCGUGUUUGAUGAGGUGCAAUGGCAGCAGAAGAAACAGGCGUUGAGCUCACAAGGAAGUUUGUCUCAGAAGCAGAACUUGAUGAGAGGAGGAAAAAAAGACAAGAAGAGUGGGAAAAAGUGAGGAAGCCAGAUGACCCAGAGAAAGCCCCGGAGGAAGCGUAUGACUCACGUUCCCUUUUUGAACGUUUGGCUGAGCAGAGAGACAAGAAACAAGAGGAAUUUGAGGAACAAUUCAAAUUCAAGAACAUGGUGAGGGGAUUGGACGAUGAUGAGACCAGCUUCCUGGACGAGGUUUCCCGGCAACAGAGUCUGGUGGAGAAGCAACGCAGGGAUGAAGAGAAACAAGAACUGUUGGAAUACAGAAGUGCUGUAGCAAAGCAAGUGCCCCCCGACAGCCGUCCAGAGCCAGAGAAGAAGGCAGCACCAAAACAUUCAGUAUUGGAGCAAAAGACCAGCCACUUGUCUCAGGCCCAUUUACUGGUUGGGGCAGUCAAAAGACGCAGUUCAUCCCAGUCAUCAGAGAGCAGUAAGAAACAAAAGGUGGAAAACACAGCAACCGGAAAUGGAGACAGACACACAGAGCAGGAGGGAGGAGGAGGAGAAGGAAGGUCAGGGGGAGCUGAAAGUCCAGCAAGAGUCCCAGGCCUGGUGCCCAAGAACCCUUCACCGCCUCUCAACUCCAGUCCAGGUGUGCUUCACCUGCCCUCAGCAGCAGUUUGCAUCGGCAUCUUACCGGGACUCUGCAAUUACUCCGGCAGCAGCGACUCUGACACCAGCUCGGACAGCGAAGGUAGCGUGGACGCAGUCAUGUCACCGUAUGUGAAGCACAGGAAAGCCUACAGAUAGUUUGUCGUACACACACACACACACACACACACACACCCAUGCGCGCGCGCAGUACGCCUGACCAACAAAGUGUGUAUAGUAAUACAACGACAUCUGUAUCCACAAGAAUUGAAUAGAGGUUAAAUAAAUACAAUUUAAAAGAUUAGUGCUGUCAAAUAUUUCAUUUAAAAAAAUCUGAUUAAAUCGCACUUUUGAAUGUGGAAUAAUUGUGAUUAAUCACAGGUUUAUUCUUGCAGAAUUUAAAUUAACCUAAAAUCACCAUAUUUAAUACAAAUGCAAUUUUAAUGUCAAUGUCAACCAGGAACAUUGUUAGAUGUUUUACUUGAAUGCAUGUUAUUUAUUAACUCCUUAUAGGUAACCAUAAAGGAGCAUGUGCAGUCCAAUUAAAUAGCAUGAUUAAUCUGCAUACACACGAUUAAUGCGGUCAUUUUUUGUAAUUAAUAAUAUAACUUGUUAUUUUUGACAGUUCUAAUAAAUAUAUAAUAGAAAUAAAGUCAAUAUGUAGGUUAAUGCAACACAUUAACCUGCUAAAAAAAACGACACAAAUUGGAAAUGCAAUAUUUGGACAUACAGUAUGUGUGUAGUUUUUAGUGUCAUUAUGGUUAUGAGUCCAGUAACUCCAAAACUCGUAUUUCAACUAAAUUUGAUGUUGGUUUAUGGUGUCUUGCGGCAAUUGAAGCAAAAAUAACGUACACGAGUUGCUGUUGAUUAAGUCUUAAGUGUGUUCAACACAUUUUGUAAUAAUCCUAGUACAGGGGUGUCAAACUCAUUUUAGCUGAGGGGCUGCAUGGAGGAAAACCUGUGCACACGAAGGGCCGGACUAUUAAAAUCAUGGCAUUACAACUAAAAAAUAAAGACAACUUCAGAAUGUUUUCUUUGUCUUACUUUGGCCUAAAAUAGAACAAACACAUUGUGAAAAUAUUACAAUAAAAAUAUAGAAAAAAAUACCGGCAGUGAUAAAGUUUAGAUCCAUGAAGGAAAGUGAAUGAAUGUUUACAACUUAAUACAUUUACAUUUCCUUAAAAAUGUGUUUUCUUUUGUACUAUUUUAUUUAAUGAAUUAAGUAACGUUUAUGACAACCUUUUUCCAAAACACAAUAUAGAAUGUGAGAUAUAACAGGAUAAUGCAUACAUUUAUCAUUUCUUUUCAAAACGCUUACAAAAAAGUGGUCCCCCAAAAAUGUACUGUGGGACCCCAUUUUUAUGACUUGAUGGGAGUCCCUGGGACCCCAUUUUUAAAAUUCCUAGCACCAACACUGAUGGAGUAUUGGUGCAUUCAAAACAGCAGCAGGCGGCUGUGGCCUGUGGGCCGGUUCUAAUACUAAUCAAAUAGAUCAUUUAUUUGCGGGCCUUGACUUUGAUACCCCUGUCCUAGUAAAUGCUUGUGAGAACGUGUUACAAGUUUUAUUUUGGAAGCUGUGAGUAAAGUGUUGCAAAUGAAACUGUCAUGGCAGAACGUUGGUGAAACUAACCCUAAUAAAUAGCAACAUUUCAAGUCGCUGUUGGUGCUUUUCCUGUGUGGCACCGCAACAUAACGCUUCCUUCCCUCGAUCACGUCUCAUACAGUUUAAACCCAGCAAGCAAUCCCGCACUGCCUUCCCUGACGACAUCCCGCUCUUCCCCCCCCCACACGCAGCCCACUCCCAACAACAAGCUGUGCUUUUGGCUGUGGGAGCAUUGAUUGGCAGCCGUGGAAGAAGGAAAAACGCUGCGUAGAACGUGUCACGUGGUUGCUUUGCAGCAAGGGUGCAUCUCACACUUUUCUUUGGGUGUCAUGCAAAGUUUGUGUUGUGUUGGAGACUCAUGUGAAGGAUGUUGGAGUCGCAGCAUUCUGGGGAAAUGCUCAACUCUUUGCUGCUUCCUCAGGCUCACACGCUCCGUGUUGGUCUGAGGAGAAAUAAAGAACCUUCUCUUUU